AUGGCUCGACUGGAUAACUGUUCUGAGAUUUUUCAGAACCGGCAAGAGGAGGAGGAAGGUGAUUUUGUUGACUAUGGUUGGGCUAACAUUGGAAGCUUUGACGAUCUCGAUAGAAUUUUCAGCAAUGAUGAACCAAUAUUUGGAAAUGUGAGCCUUAGUAAUGCAGAUGAUCUAUGGUCAUCUUCUAAGGAUGUCGCGAGUUGUCCGGAUACAUCCAUGCCCUUGUCGAUGGAUGUUCCAAGUGUGGGGUUAGGAGCAUUUCGGAGUACAUCUGAGCAUCCUGAUGUCAAAACAGAAUAUGGGCUGGAUCAAGAACAGUCAUUUACCACUGCAUAUGCGAAAAUGAAUGAUAUCGGUUGUCUGCCUCUGAAGAAUGUACAGGCAAAAAUGAAUCAAAUAACCUAUGCUGGAGGGAAAAGUAAACUCUUAAUGAAGGACAAGACAGCUUCAGAAAUGAUUGGAAAAACUGCAGCAUUCAACCCCCACCUUGAUGCUGAACCUGUUGCAACCCCAGAUAACAAUGCAGACAAGUUGAAUAGACACAGAAAAUUGUGGAAAAUCCAGAAAAAGUCAGAAGAAACGAGAGAAGCCAGGCAAUUGCAGGAAUUAUGUGGUACCUGGCCUUCAUUUGGAAUCCAGUUCCAACAAUUUGAGGGCCAUUAUGCUCCACCAAUGGGCCUCCCUUGUCCAUCACUACUGCUCAAUCAGAAAAGGCUGCUUCAAGCACCUGAUUCUUUGCAAUACAAUCAUUUCUCCAAUCCACUUUUGGCUCCUCCUGUUUAUGGGAACAUGGCAAAUCAGUAUCCUACCCUGCCUGUUUUACAAUACUUUCAUUCUGGUGAAAGCAACCAUCAAGAAGUGCCUUCUGGCUACGAUGUUUCUCCUGGCAAUUCAAAUCGUUUAAACAAGACAUCAGGCACUCCUGGAAAGCAUCUAACAAUGACACCUCAGGAAAAAAUUGAAAAGUUAAGGAGACGACAGCAAUUGCGGGCAAUGCUUGCAAUUCAAAAACAAAAGCAGCAGUUCAGUCAUCAAGUCUCUUGUGCCGAACAAUCUGUUACUCAAAAAUUUUCACAUGAAAACCAAAUGCAGCUUAUUCCAGGAGGGAAUACUGAAGAUGAAGAAAAUCUGAGUACCCUUCCUUAUCUUGACCCAAACUCACAAGUAGAACAGGAUGAUUCCAACACAGUCUCUAUGGCUAUUGAUGAUUUUUCGAUGGAGGACACAAUACUUCAUCAACUUCAAAAGGUCAUUGCAAAGUUGGACAUCCAAAUAAGACUUUGCAUCCGAGAUAGCUUGUUUCGACUGGCUCAAAGCGCUAAGAAAAGGCAAUAUGCCAGUGAUACAAGCAGUACCAACGAAAGUAGCAGAGAUGAAAUUCUCGCAAAAGAAGAAAUAAAUAGUCAUAACAGGUUAGUGAAACAAAGUGUAGUUCUCAUUCUGUAUCUAAAAAUUGGAUACCUCUAUUUUGCAUAAUGAAAAGGUUAAUAGUGUAUUUUAUUUCUUUCUUUGAUAUAUUGUAUUCAAGAGCGCCAAAAAGAGUUGGGUGCAAACCGUGUUUCAUGACGUGUGCAAGAGCAAUGCCUGUCAGACAAUCAGAUCUAUGCACUUGAGGAUGCAUAAAUAACAACUCCAAGGAGCACUGUUCACCACAUGAGCAGGCUCCUCCACACCUCAGACAACUGCUUGUUCCUUCAAACUCGCUGGAUGAUGCUUAACGGGUCUAUUCUGCCAUGCAUUUCAUAAUAUAAAGUCUAUAUCCCCUCUACCUAUCAAACAAAUCAACCACUUGGAAAACGCUCAACUGCGAUGAGACAACAAUAAAAAGCAUCCGUCUCACUCCCAUCAAGGGCUCUACCACUGGCAAUCAUUUUUCUAGCUUGCAAAAGAUACUGAGUAGACAAGAACAUCACUUACCAAUUUUAGGAGUUUGUAGUACUAACUAGCAAUGAUUUAUAUGAAAAACAGAUGAGUGAGAUAUGGUUGAAGAGCAAUAAGUGUACUUUUUGCUGAGGAUA